AUGGCUACCCCCGUCAAGAUAAAGCUAAACGGACUGGACAUGGUGGUUGAUGCGGUACCGCUUGAACUGGAGGCGUUUAAACCAUUUGGUGAUGUGGUUGCGAAUCCACGACCUGACCUCCACCCUGCCAUGGCCGCAAAGGCCAACGACACGGCAGGCAUGCCCUUCGAUGCCAUUGUCGCCAACCAGGGGACGGCAAUCAAGUACCAGCACGUGUCACGGAUGGAAAACCUCUACGACCAGGCACUGAGCGGCCGAACCGGAGUGGCCGUCUCCAACAUGUUUGUGUGUGCAUCACGGGCGCUCCCUCGGCGACUCGAAGCCGGGGUUGAGCGUGAGGUCUUCCCGGUCACCGUCCUCGAGCGCCAUCCGUUCACCAGUCAAACAUUUGUCCCACUCCGCGCCGAUUCACAAAGUCGAUACUUGGUCGUUGUCGCUCCAAGCCUCUCGCCAAGUGCCAAAGACCAACCGCUGCCAGUUCCCUCCUCGCGGCCUCCUGGGACGAUCGCUAAUCGAGAGUUGCCGGGUCGAGGCCUACCUGACCUGAAGGGCCUUCGUGCUUUCAUCGCCACUACGGACCAGGCUGUAACCUAUGGGGCAGGCACGUGGCACUCCCCAAUGGUGGCCCUUGGCCCAGCCGACAAGGCGAUUGAUUUCUUUGUUUUCCAGUUCGCCAACGAGGUAACCGUGGAAGAUUGUCAGGAGGUUUUCUUUGGUCCAUCCACUGUCACGGUCCGCCUUCAGCCUCAGUCGAUAGCGAGUAAACUCAAACGCACAAUGAAGCCCGCGAUCGAAUCAGUCGAUGCAAGAAACAAGCUGGAAGACCUCUCUGGCAUUAAGAUCAAGCCGGGAGAGAACCCAUACGAUGCCCUCAUACAAACCUGCAAUGACCAUCCCGCCGAGAUACAGUCGUUGUAUGCCACUCAUCGACUGACACGAAACCUCCAACAGCAACAACAGUUCUUGUCAGCCGACUUUUCAGAACUGAUUAUCGACCCCGUUUUGUUUCGGCUCGAGAGACCAUCAGUCGAGCCUGGGUUCCGAGACCCACGACACUGUCUUGUCUUCUGGGCAAGACCACCGGAGCACAUAUUGAAACUGGCUUCCCAUCUGCAGACCCUCCUCCAGAAGGCGGCUCCCAAUGUAUGGCUCAUGCCCACGCACCGUAUGCACAUGACGACACUUGAGCUGGCGCACUCGCGGACCUCGGACGAGAUUGCGAGCCUUGUGUCGUCGAUACGACCGGCGAUACCGUUGUUGACGAACCUGACGUUUACGCAUCGGGCCCGGUUGGUGAGACCCAUGAUAUCCUAUGACCUCUCGGCCAUUGCCGUGUCGUUCGUCCCGGCAGCCGAGGAGAAUGACGGGUACACGUACCACCAUCUCCGCAGGGACCUGUUCGAGGCAGUGAAGAAGACUGGGGUUGAGAUCGGGUCUCGGUACGUGGUUCCUAGCGCUCACAUCACGCUCGGGCGAUAUCUCGGCCAAGAAGACCACGCAACGCCUCUGGCCCGGAAAAGCUGGAUUCAGGCGAUUGAGGACAUCAACAAAUGGCUGGAGACUCAAGUGUGGAACUCUGUCGACAGCGAGUUCACGGGGGAGUGGAUAGUCGGUCAGGAGAAAGGGCUUGAAGUGCGAGACGGGACGCUAUGGUAUGGAGGUGGUCGCACCAUCAUGGUGGGAGAAGGAUUCUAG